UCAGAGUCCAACCAAACUGAAUUGCGCUUCCAAGUUACAACAGGUUUGCACGAGGUACUUAGGCAGUUAACUUGAUCUCCUACUCCCUCUACGUAAGCUUGAGAAGAUGGCCGACGCAGACGAAGAUGGCAUGUUGCGACCUUCCUCCGUGGAUCCCUCCUCCAGCAUCGAUCACGACGUCUCUGACGAGACUCAAGAUUUCCGCUUCCUGAACAACGUCUCUUUCUUUUCCGAUCCUACCCAGCAAACCCUGCCGCGCCGUGGAGAAAAGGACUUUGAACCAAACCCUACCCUUCACCAAGCAGACACGCUUGCGGCAUCCCGGGAUGCUAUGCACAAUGCACUCGUCUUUCCCCGGCUGCAUAAUCCCAGGAAUAAAGUUGUGGGCAUCUUCUGUCCAGAUGGGAUCCUGGAACCCGUAACGCCACGGCCGGAUCAAGCAUUAACAGAGACGGAUGCUGAGAUCGGAUUUCCAGAAGGCGAGGACGAGGGUAAUUUGAGCGCUCCAACUAAGCAGGAUGUGGACAGGCAGGUCUACCGACCCCGCGGGGCUGACCUUUGCGUGUGUGUCCCGAAUCCUCGUGGCCAAUAUUUCAGAGCAAUGGGCCAAGCAGAUCAGUUCAAUAGAAUGUGGCUGUUGCCGGAAGAAGCGUUAUACCUUUUGGAACGCGGAAGUAUGGACAUUAGAUGGCCACUAGAAUCGUUCGAGAGCAAAGGAAUGAUUGAUGCCGCAGAUGCUAUGGAGCAAGGUGUUCCGAUGAGUUUGCAAGCAGCCUAUGCGUGCUUUAUUGGACGUGGAGGAUUGUCCAUAGAACGUUAUACCGUAUACGCGGGAUUAAAAAGAGGUGGAUAUGUCGUUAUUCGUGCAGAAGGGUGGGAAGAGAACAAUUCUGGAAUACCGGAAACCGCGGAGACUGACCAGGGAAUGGAGGAUGUAUCCACUGAACCACAGCCGGGUCUUUUAGGACGCUUAUCGCGCCUUUUCUACUCUAUUAUCAAUUCACAAUCGGCAUGUUCUACCGCCCAUGGGCCGGUGAUAGGCUUGGGAAUUUACAGAAGUUACAACGACAUCUAUCGUGCCCUCUCGAUCAUUCCAGGCUUUAAACCGGAUAUCCCAGAUUCAGACCCGAAAAUUAUAUCGUCAAUUGCCCAUUCAACCUCGCCUUACCGCCUUGCGUUCAAUGUCUACAAGCCUUCAACCCCGUUUCGCAAAUCCCUCCCGGGCACACCAGAUUUCCGCCUUGCUGUAAUAAACGCCCGAACACAUCCCACCCUACCGUCGCUUACAGAACUCGGCUCCCUCUUAGCAAGUACACCAUUAACACCCCCGCGCGGUGAAAAAUUGGAUCGUCUAAUGUACAUGCGGCUGCGACAUGGAUGGCGAAACGUUAUCCUUGGUAUUGUUGACCAGGGAGUCGUCAGCUAUUUGAGAGUUGCGGAUGCUGGCUUCUGCAAGGAGCCGCUGUACGAGCAGAAAUUAACAACCAUAGCCCCUGGCGGCAAAGGUGGUAGGAGGCCGCCAGGGAAGAAGGGAGGACGAUAGAUGAAUCGCCUUUGCUUUCGGCUUGAUCCAAUCAGCUUGAUAUAUGCCUACGAACUGAAGACUAUCAAGUGGUUUUUACGAUAUACAAUAACUGAUUUCCGGCCGUUCGAAAAGGAAGCCUUAACACAGAGAGGAUGGAACGCCGCACAUGGAUAGCAAGCCCGAUAUAUUAUAAGCUAUUUGAGCCCGGACAGAUCAAAGUCUGUCUGAAGCCCUUCCAACGCUGCUAUUAUUCUCCAUUCCCACCAGUGUUUUCGGUAAUUCCGGGCAAUAUAGCUGUGGAAAUGGUUAAGCUUCGCCCCCCUUUCACGCACAACAUCAGGAAUCCUCCGCUGUUAAGCUUGACUAAGCGGCCCAGCUGCUACCAUCCGCCUCUAUUUCUUUUUUUUUCUUUUUCCUUUUUUCCUUUUUUUUGGUCGAUUCGUCAGUGGGGAGAAAUACUCACUAGCUUGACCCUAGGAUACUGUUGAGCAGCAAUAUUAGGGGAGGAUAGGACGGGUUGGUAGCCGCGGAUCAUGACGAGACACCUGUCGCAGUUCCCGCUGGAUUGAUGGAGACAUGUAUUUCGCUAGCUAUUUUUCGAGAGGCAAGAGGGUGCGUGACGCGAAUUCGCAAGUCUCCCCCGAGGCCACUUUCUCGCUGGAACUGUUUGAUAUACCCAUCACGUUUAGACGUAUUCCUCAGCUAUAAGUGGGACUAUGUCAUUGUAACGUGACAUGAGGGUACGUAAUGCCAGGUGUGGGCUUCAGUCUUGCAUGCUUUGCUGGUGGCCUGUAGGGCAAUCAGCUGCAGAAUAAAGAUAGCGAAAGAGGGUAUAUUGAAGAAAAAAAGAUCUAUGUAUCA